UCGGCGGCGGCCAUGGAGCAGGACGGGGAGCAGCUCGCCGCGCGGCCGGCCCUGGAGACGGAGGGGCUGCGUUUCCUGCACGUCACGGUGGGCUCCCUGCUGGCCACCUAUGGCUGGUACAUCCUCUUCAGCUGCAUCCUUCUCUACGUGGUCUUUCAGAAGCUCUCCACCCGGCUGAGGGCCUUGAGGCAGAGGCAGCUGGACCAGGCUGCAGCAGCUGUGGAGCCUGAUGUUGUUGUUAAACGACAAGAGGCUUUAGCAGCUGCUCGUUUGAAAAUGCAAGAAGAAUUAAAUGCCCAAGUUGAAAAACAUAAGGAAAAACUAAAACAGCUUGAAGAAGAAAAAAGGAGACAGAAGAUUGAAAUGUGGGACAGCAUGCAAGAAGGGAAAAGUUACAAAGGAAAUACAAGAAAGCCUCAGGAAGACGACAGCCCUGGGCCUUCUCCUUCAGUCAUCCCCAAACGAAAAUCUGAAAGAAAGCCAUUGCGGGGAGGUGGUUACAACCCUUUGUCUGGUGAAGGAGGGGGAGCCUGCUCCUGGAGGCCUGGACGCAGAGGCCCAACAUCUGGUGGAUGAGGCUAAGAAUCUUGUUAGUGUCGCCUUUGACAUUAGCAAGAUGAGUCCUUCACCCUCAAUUCAAUUGCCUUAACGCACUUUUCACAGUGACUAGCCAAGGGGAGUGGAGUUUCUUUUCUUUGCUCUACCUGCAUCUUUAAGGGAUAAAGCCAGCAUGCCAGAAUCAAUUCAGCAGGUCAUUGGUCACACUUCACUACAGCCAGUGAUUCUGUUCAUUGAUUUCAUGGGUAAUUGCUAGUUGGUAGGUAAAAGCCCCAAGGUGAUUAACAAUUUUGAUAAAAGAGGUCAUUGAAAUUAUAAGGCCCUGCUGGUAGGACGUCUCUGUGAUCGGUUGCGUUGUAUGAUGUCUUCCUUGUAAAUGGUGAGCCCACCGGCAAGGAUUACUGAUGCAGACAGUUAUUGAGGUAGUUUCUGUAUAUUUGUUUUUAUGUACAGAACUUUGUAGAAAACUUGUAAAUAUUAAAAAAAAAAAUGCAAAGAACAUUUAUAGUGUCUUUAUUACUUUAAAUUUCCGUAUGGACUUGAAUUUGUCAAACAUUAAACAGGUUUUUAUCAUGCACCAUCUCCUGUUUAUUU